AUGAUGCCGGAUACAACACUGGAGAGGCGCAUCCAGUGGAUAGUUAUCGCAGCGCUGGAUGCGACACUCUCAAGGGCGCAGAGCACAGAAGACCACAAGUACUCUGUCCGCCAGCGAGUCGCAUCGCUCAUCAUAUCUCACAGGCCACGCCGAAACAUCUCCUCAGCCGAAGUAAAGGUUAUCAAGGAAUUAAAGGGGGACGAUGAUAUUGCGAUUGUUCCAGCUGACAAAUGA